AUGCUGUGGAUGAUUUUUUUCGCCACAAUUUCCGCGGCACUCACGAUUUACUUGAUAUGGGCUUUCCAAAGAGCGAACUAUUGGCGUAAUCGUGGCGUCACUGGGCCAUCAUUCAUCAUUGGAUUGGGCAAUUUCUUCGAGUUAACCGAUCGAAAUCGACCGUGGAUGGCUCGUUUACCGGAAUUCACAAAGAAAUUCGGCAAAAUUUGGGGCUAUCAAGAGGGUUUAUACCCGGUGAUGGUGGUUGCUGAUUUGGAGUUGACACAAGAGCUAUUGCACAAAAGAUUCGAGGACUUUCAGCAAAGAAAAGGCAAUCACCUCCUUAAAUCCAAUCCUGAUGCGGCUCGAGUUCAUCUGGCUGAAGCAUGGGGACAAAGAUGGAAACGUUUGAGAACAAUUGUGACUCCACAAUUCUCAAAUAAUUCACUCAAAAGGAUCCUCCCGAUCAUCAACGACUCAUCGCGUCAUCUCACUGCACAUAUUGGAAAAAAUUUAAACAAAAAUGAGCACAUUAACAUUCAUCGUUAUUAUCAAGAGUAUACAAUGGAUGUGAUUGCUCGAGUGGCAAUGGGUGUUAAAGAAAGUCGACAAUGGGACAGCGAAUAUCCAGAGAUUUUGAGAGCGAUUUUUGAUCGAAAUCUUCGUGAACCAUUUUUCUUGUUGGCUUGUAUGAUGCCUUUCAUGAAAUCGAUUCUAACUCCAACUUUUAAAUGGUUGUCGAAUGUGUUGAAAAUGCCCGCAAGUCGACUCUUUCAACAAAUCGAGAUGGCUGUUGAGGAGAGAAAGAGAUUGAGGAAUGAAGGAAUCGUGACAAAUGAUGACUUCAUCGAUCUCUUUUUGGAUGCAGAAGCGGAAAUUGAUCAUAAAACUGAGGGAGCUUUUGACCGAAAAGAUGUUCAUGUGAACCGAAAGCUAACCACGGACGAGGUGAUCGCUCAAUGCUUUGUCUUUCUUAUUGCUGGCUUUGACACAACAGCCAACACACUAGCUUACGUCUCUCACUUUUUGACGAAAAAUAAAGAUGUGCAGGAUCGACUGCGGGAGGAAAUCGAUCAAAUCUGUACUACGGAGGAGAUUACCUACGAGCAGCUAAAUGAGCUCAAGUAUAUGGAUUGCGUGACAAAAGAGGGACUUCGGUUGCAUCCACUGGCAACUAUCGCUGUUUCUCGUGUGGCUGAAAGAGAUUGCGAGUUUGCCGGUGCACAAAUCGAGAAGGGUACGAUUAUUCAGGUCGAUGCCUACACUCUACAAAAAUCGAAAGAGAUCUGGGGAGAGGAUGCUGAGGAUUUUGUGCCGGAAAGAUGGAUGAAUGCUACUAAAGAACAACACCAAGCAUAUUUGCCGUUUGGUGGAGGGCCAAGGAUGUGUGUUGGUAACCGCCUCGCGUACACUGAAGAAAAAAUGGCUUUAGCGCAACUCUUGAGAAAAUACGAGCUGGUGCAUGCGGAAAAACCACAGGAAACCCUCGAUCUCCGCGGUGCAAUCACGAUCUCUCCCCUGUCGGUCGACGUCCGAAUUAGGUCGAGAUCAAAU